AUGAAUCCUGCCCCUUUCACCUCUCUCUUCCUAGUCUUUGCCCUGACUUUGGGGCAGAGUAUGUCCAUUUGUGUCCCCGUUGAGUACAUCAUCCACGUGGAGAAGAGAGAAUGUGCCUUCUGUCUGGCCAUCAACACCACAAUCUGUGAAGGAUACUGCAUGACACGGGACAGCAAUGGUAAGAAGCUGCUGCCCCAGAGCGCCCGGUCCCAGGAAGUGUGCACAUACAAGGACAUGGUGUACAAGACCGCGAUGAUCCCUGGCUGUCAACACCAUGUCGUCUCCUACUAUUCCUAUCCUGUGGCCGUGAGCUGCAAGUGUGGGAAAUGCAACACUGACUAUAGCGACUGUGUGCAUGAGGCAAGCAGCACUGAUUAUUGCGCUACACCUCAGAAGCUACAUAACCUAUGAGGCCCCU